CGUUAUUCAGUUCAAAUCAAAUCUGUCUCGCGCCCGCGCCAGUUUCCGGGUUUUUCUCCUACAUUUCCUAGCAACGCUCCUUGGAUACGAGCUGGAGGAAGCGCGCCCACUGUGGCGGACUGACAACAAUAUCAACAACAUGGAACCUCCAUUGAGGGUGGCAGCGUCUCCUCAGGUGCCAGCAGAUGAAGAUGUGAGUCAGUCUGUUGGACAAACAUCCAUAAACCAACUGGGAGCUCAAAGUCAUAGUCUGGAACAGAGGCAGCCCAGGCUGGAAACAGAUGACUGGGAGCUUCAACAGCCGUGGGCUCACUCAUUGCAGCCAGAGUUUCAGGACAGUAACCUCUCUCCAUCCCUUCCCCUGUUGCCUGCCCACUCUGGAGUGGAACACAUCUUCACUGAAUAUUCGUUAUUCCAACAAAGUGACAAUGAAUUCGCCCCUUUAAGGGCAUACCCCGACAUUUCCAUGGCAUCAGAGAGGUUUCACUUUCUACACCAGGAUCACACCAGUCAGGUCUCUGAGCGUGGCUCACUGUCCCAGCACCCUUUGGCCCAGGCAACCAUCCUGUCUGAAGAAGGAACGAGUAGCUGCUGUUCUCUGUCCCAGCACAGUUUGUCACCAGGGGACGCAGGCAAACAAAAGGAAACUGUUCACUCCCCGCUGAUUGCCACCACUGACCAACAGGGAGUACCAUCCAGAGAUGAUACAGGUAGCAGAGAGAAGGAUUCAGAUACCCUAACUGAUCCUCCAGACAAGCCUGUAGGAGAGGCUGCUGUAGAUGUGACAUUCUCUCUGAGUAAGGAUAUUCCUGCCCAGCAUCUUCUGGAGCGCCUUCAGAAAGAUAUUGGCAUGCCAAGCAGCAGAAGUAGUACUGUUUCCUCUGCCUCUGAGAUCUCUGUGAAGAAUGCUGCAUCUUUUGCAGAAGAGUCUAAAAUCACUAAUGUUUGCAAACCAGGCAUUGACCAAAGCAUGGUUAGAAGAGAAGGUCCUCCAGGUGAAGCUUGUCUUCCCCACCAGCAGACACAACAACCUGACAGAGAUUUAUACCCUGACCAAUCACGAACAUUGUCAUCUGAGGUCUGUAACAUCACCAUGGGGUUCCGCUGCACUCAACCUGAUGACAGUAGUCAAGUGUUACAUAGAGAGCUGCUGUCUGAAGUAGAGAGGUGCAGCAGCUGUGAAUCUGAAUCUAAAAACCAACAGCGGAAAAGUCCUACACCACCUGGGCAAUCUCUCACACCAUAUCCCAAAGAGAUGUCCAAAGGCAAGCCAAGUGUGACCAGAACAAAUCUUGUGCCAUGGACAGGGCCAUUUUCAGCAGGUGUCGAAUGGGGUAACAGAGAGCAGGACCUCUGGUCCUCAGGGAACCAAACAGGGAUUGAUGGGUCCUACCUGGGUUUCCUUCCACGGUCUCAGUCCACUCCAGGGGUUUUUAAGGCCCCACCAAAAUCCAGCAUCAAGGCUAAAUUAGGGCAACUUUCUGCCAUAGAAUCCAAUAAAGAGAGCUCCUAUCAGACAAACACAGGGGUCUCUCCACAGCCAGCUGUUCCUGUGGCUGAUACCUAUAGCCCAGACACAGCAAAUCAGUGCCAAGAGGAAGCUACCUCUGCAAAAGUCCAGUCUCUCCCAAGUCUCAACUAUAUGCAGAAAGUAGACGCUUGGAGGACAAACCAGAGUUCAGGCAAGACGUCACUAUUUGAUAGCUUGGCACUGCAAGGAUUUUCUGGCAUCUCUCCUAAAAAGAAAGCUUACGAUGCAGUAUCUGACUCCCUGAAUCGCAUCCUGAGUCAGCAGGUGAGGAGUUUACAACAGCCUCCUGUUUCAAGUGCUGCCAAUCAGAAUAUUACACAGAGCUCCUUAAUGGCUCCCUCUGCGGCCUCUUCUUCAAGAAGAGGGGAGGCGGUGGGCAGUGCUCCCAGUGACAAAGAUAACACUCGGUCUGCAACAAGACCCUCUGCCUCACCCUUUGGUAGGUCACAGUCCCACUCCUCUCUUAGCACGGUUGUCAUGUCUAUACAGAAAGAUCAGCAAACAGAGACGCGUGCAGAAAAAGAGAUAAGUCAGACUCAGGAUGAUGGCCAUCAUCAGCCAAGCGCCACAGUUAAACCCUUACCUCUUGUGAGCCUUGGUCAGUUCAGUGAUGUGUCACUUGAUCGAGAUUUGACACUCUCAAGUUCCCAAGAUAGUUAUAACAGCGGAAUUAAAUUAGGAACUUCCAUUGGAGCUUCUUCUGUUGUCAGCCUAGAAGUCGAUAACUAUGCCCCGUACUGGACUUCAAAACUAUCAACACCACCACCUCUGCCCAGGCCUCAAGAGCUCAACAUUGAAGAACGAAUUCCGUUGUAUCUCCAUAACCUGGGUAUUGACCAGUCCCCCUCAACAAUCUUAACUCCAUUUGCACCCAGAGGGCCAAUCAGAGAGCCUGAAUUCUCUCCCAGUGAUCUCUGUACAAUUAAAGGAUCUAUUGGAACCCCAACCAAGAGCACCCAACCCUCUGAAGGUGGCAGUCCCCAUAAAGGAGAGUUUUCCAGGUCCAGCAUUCUGUCAGUGGACUCCAGUAUAUCCAUACCAUUAAGCCUGGACAGUCUUUGUCCAGCUGUAUCCAUCCCAGAGAGGCCCAGGCGGGCUUCUCCUUCAUCAGAUGCAGAAGCUAUCCAGGGUGAACGCAGACUGACACCCUCCUCCCAGCCUGAUGAAGACUCUUAUCCUUCCACACUGCAGACUACCAGCAGCCAGAAUACAAUCCAACAAGAGGACAGGCUUGACUCUGACCUCUCAUUAGCUACCAAGGCUAGGUGUGGGAAUAGAGACUUGGAGUCACCCUUGCAAAUGAGCCGUAGUAUGGAGCAAAACGCAGAAGCUUCUUUUGUUAGCUCCAAGGUCUUGUUGGAGAUCCGUAAACUACUCUCUCAGGCGAAGAAUGUGGUAUCUGCUGGGUCUUCCGUGGCUUCCUCAGCUUCCCCUGCAGCGCCCCGUCUUCUCUCUGAUGAUGACUUAUUCCUCUCACUGAGGAAGAAAACCAGCCGACUCCAGGACUCCACAUUCUCCUCCUACUCCGCUACUGGAGAUCCCAGAACUCGAUCCUCCCUGAUGUGGGCCAGGUCCUCGUCCGACUCCAUGCUGACCUCAGAGAAACUGAGAGAAAGCUCUGUUGGUCGAGAGAGUAUGACUUCAUCAGGGCAACCGAAUUAUCCAUCCACUCAAGCUCUUAUUACUGCACCGGCCACAGGUGCAUACAGAAGACCACAAGAUAGCACUGUUAGUAGAGGUGCAGGGUCGCCCCUUGUUCUCUCCCAAUCAGCCCGGCGGGCAGAGCCUGAGGGCUGCAGUGCUGCUCCCCCUGACAAUACAGUCCCAGCACAGCCACCAGUCAUCAAGCCUUUACUAGCUUUGAGUAUACAACAGCUCACCACUACUCCUACAGACAUGGCGGGUGUCACAGAGGAGGAAAAACAGACUACUCUGGAAGGUCCUGUACAGAGUAGCUCCUCCUCACCCAUCCUCGAGGACAGUGAUCAGGGAGUGAUGAGUGAUGGGAGCAGUGAGAGCUCGCUAGCAGGCAGAGUGGCCAAGUUACUGCAGAGUGAAUCUCCAGCCACCAUGGUGUCCAGUACACCCAGCAUCACUGAUCAAGAGGAGAGCAAAGCCAGAGAGUGGAUCAAGCUGAAGAUAUCAGGACAGCAGUGUGAGCCCCUGGAGUUGGACAAAGAAGACAGAAAGCGGAUUGAAGAGAUCAAGAGAGAGUUGCUGUUAAAAAACCCUAUAAAGAGUCAGGGGAGCACAGAUACAGAGAGCAGUGUAGCAUCUAGUGUUAGAGUCCCAAUGGGGCAGGAUCUGCCUCAGCAAGUGGAGACAUUCACUGCCCUCGGUGAUGCUAACAACCAGCCAUCCCAGCCACUGCAGGGCCUCAGCACAGAUCUCUCUAACUCUAGCGUGCCGCUUCAAAACCCUCUUCGCCCAGAUCUAGAGGCUCGGGUACGUGAGAUCGCUGCCAGAGAAGGGGUAAUCCUCCCUAGGACAAACCCUCUGGCCCUCACAUCUAUCACCAUCGCCACCUGCAAGCGCUCCACCUCCCCCUCUCCCUCAUUGUCGCCUGCACCUCCCAUCAGUCCAGCACCAGAGCCGCUCCACCUGACCGAGCUCUCCACAGGAGCAGUUGAACACCCUAAAACUAAUGGGCAGCUUCCCCCUACCAUGGAUAAAGAAGAUGAGACAGCCAGGGAGCCAGCAUCAGUGUUUGAGCAAAGCAGUAGUCUCUUUAACAGAAACCAAAACCUGACUUCUCAGUCAGCACCAGGGAAUCAGAAGAGGCAAGACGCUUUAGGAGGCCACUUUGAAGAACCUCCCACACCCUCUCAGGCUUUGGGUAGGGAGGAUGUGAAUGCUCAAGACGACAACAUGCAGUCUUUCAGGCGAGAUGAGUUAUCCGUCCAGGACAGCUCUGUUUCUGGUGUUGGUCAUAAAGCUGAACAGGCCACAGGGUCAUCCACCCCUGAAUCUCCAGCCAGGACAGGUCACGUGUCACAUGUCCAUCUCACUCUGUCCCCCAAAGCCACUGAUCACAGCUUGGUCGCUGCUGUCCACUCCAGUCAUGCUGAUGCUGUUGUGGGGCUGCCACGUAAAGAAUUUGUCCCCCUCAGACAUUCCUCUUCUGCUGCCAGCAGUCUGGACGAAGGUGUCGGUUUGUCCAGUCCACCAGAGUGGUACGACACCAGAGAGCCAAUAAGACAGCAGAGGCCUGAAAGAGCCGACACCUCCACCCUGUUCAAAACCACUGUGCCUCAGCGUAGGAUGACCUCAACAUCCCCACAGUCCUUUACACCAUGUCACAGAGUUGUGGUGUCACCAAGACCCUUAACCACUGAAACACCAGCAGUGCCUGUUCUGUUGCCUUAUAAACCCCGUGGCAGUGAGGAGCUCUUCUACAUCCCUCAAACAGAACCUGACUUCUCCUCUACAAACCCUUCUGACACCACCAUAGAGAGCUCCCACACAGGCUCAGACGACGCUGUGCCCCCACGCUUCAGCAUUGAGGUCCUCGGGCACCAAGACCCGGGGUUGGACCGUGGAGUCACCAUCAAACACACAGAGGGCAUCUACAGCAAGAGGUUGAAAACAGCCACCUUCAAAAUGCACAAGCCUGGACACAGAGCAGAUGGAACCUCACAAACAAGUGUGACUCGAGCUCCAAAGCAGUCUUCUCAUGUAUCCGUUGCCUUUACCAGAAUGCCUUUAUCGAGCAACCGAGAAGCCUCCAAGAGAGACCAGGGGACCAGCCCAGUGCGGUUCCUCAAUUAUGAUCAACCAAAGCCAAGCUGUGAGAGAUUUCAGCCAGUUCAUGUGGACAUGGACUACAACAACGUGAGCCAUCGGCUUGACCAAAGCUCUGUCUCUCAGGCAGGAGGGGAGCGAGACCAGGAGAGGAGGGACUCUGACCUCCCUCUCCCAGCUGCCCAGCAGAGCAACAGCACUCUGGGCCAGCUGUGGCAGAGUUUCUGUGAUCGGUGGAGCCUGGAGGAGUCCCGACCGACGAGUGACAGAGAGGCAUCGCUGCUGAAGCGGCUAGAGCGGCUGUCCCGUCUUAUUCACAGUACAAGGGCUACUAACAUGUCAGAACUACAAGAGGAGGCAUAUUGUCAUCCAGAAGAAAAGCCAAGGGGGAGGGGAGAAGAUACUACAGGAAAAGAAAGACAGAAGCAUAUUGGAGAGGUGAACAGGAGCGUAGGAGGUGAGGCCAGAGAAAAGGAGUGGAAAGUCAGAGGAGGCAGAAAGGUUCAAGGUGAACCUCCCAUCCCUCAUCAGGGCUGGAGACAAAGACUUCAGGUAGAGGAAACUUCUCAGCCUGCAGAUGAGGACAGCCGUGACUCCUUCGCCUCCAGCUUCUCGCACGACUCCCAGAGUCAGCACCUCUGUCCUACAGACAGAGACGAGUCAGAGACCAUGUCUACCAUGUCCGGCUCAAUGUCCACUGUCGACACGGCACGGCUAAUCCGAGCCUUCGGUGCCCACAGAGUCCAGUACCUGAAGACGAGCUCCAGCCUCAGUAAACUGUACAGCACCAUCAACAAGCAGAAAGACGAGAGGGAACAGAGGAGAGGAAGAAACAAAGAGCCGCCUCACAUCAUCGCACUGUCGGAGACCACCAGCACUGACGAAUCCACAGUUGCUGCUGAUUCUGCAUCAUCAACCAGCACUUACACCCUCCCAUCACAUCACGGUUGCUACAGGACUCUGGCAGCCAAGAAGGCUGUUAAACUGGUCAGCAAAGGCAUCCAGGCAGGUGACCUAGAGCUUGUCAGUGACGGGACUCUACGCCACACCAGAGAUGUUGGAACCACAUUCCCGUCGCCUGGUGAAGCCAGAACUUCCAGGCAGAUCUCGUCUUCCUCAUCCAGUUUAGAGAGAGGAAGAGGAGGGCGGAGGAGCUCCUCUAAGACUCAGGGGUUACAAAAACAGAGAAAAAGCAAGAAAAGCCCAUCAAAGACCUACCCUGAAGGUGUUUCAUGGUUCAUCUCUGCUGACGAUCUGAGGUCAGAGGCGAGGAAGGAGAAUCGGCCAGAGGAAGAGGAGUCGAUGUUGAGGCCGAACACUGCCUGGUUUGAGCCGUACAGCAGAAUCAGUCCAUGGAGACAACCACUCAGACAGAGACAAGUCCAUCAAGACAGAAACAAACAGACCAGUUUUAUACAUCAUGCUGAACCUGAUUUACAUCCAAGAACCAAAGCGAUGUCCUCUGGUCUGGCACGUAUCUCUCUCCAGGAGGCUCUGGAGAUGCGUCGUCCGGAGUUCAUCUCUCAGUCCAGGCAGAGGGUGAAGCGCCUGGCUCUGCAGGUGGAGGAGAGGAAGCUACAGGAAGUCCUCAGCAGAGAGAGAGACGAACUCUUUAGCUGGCCUGGAGGACCAGGGAGGCUGCCAAAGCCUGCAGGCACCGCUCUGCUCAGGAGAGCUGUUCCCAGGAAGGAGAUGAUACAGAGGUCCAAACAGAUAUAUGAGAAUCUGCCAGAGGUACAGAGGAGGAAGGAGGAGGAAAGAAGAAAAGCAGAGUAUCGAUCUUACCGGCUGAAUGCCCAACUCUACAAUAAGAGAAUCACCAGCCGUGUCCUGGGCAGACGAACAGCGUGGCAGUGAUCAAAGAGACCAGUGAAACUUUUUACUGUAUAUAAAAUCAGUGAUGUGACAAGAAUUUUAAUAACAUUAAGAACAAAACUACCUGACCUAACUAAAAAUUAGCUUUUAUUUAUUUGUGACCAACUUUUUUUUUUAGUUGCUAUUUGAAAGAUUAUGGAGAAAAGUAGAAUUCUACUCAUUAGAUUAAAAACUAAUUUUUUACUUUUUCCUACUUACAGACCAGUGGAAUGUUUUAAUUUGUUAAAACUUGAAAAUGUGUUUCAGUGUAAAAAAAAAAAAAUAAUAAAUCAGAUUUCUGCAGAUUCUUUAACUUUUUGCUAAAUUCCAUGUUUUGAUUCAAGACAGUGAAGGCUGACAAAGAUACACUGGCUUUAAUGUCUUUAUUGAUCAGUUAUCGGUUGUGCAAGAGAAGGAAGCCACACAAGGGAAAAGGUAAGACAAGUUAGACAAGCUGCAGAUUCAGUACAUCAGCUGCUCAGUGAGAGAACAGAUAAAUAUAAUGAAUAAAUAAGAAAUGUCUGCAUUUUCCCUACUACAGUUAUGUAGAUGCACUAUGCCCAUUAAUUAAAUUAAUAAUAAAAUAAAACUUCAAGUUAUGACAAUACAUUGUAAACAUAAAUAGUGAUUAAAUUAAAAUAAUUUAGCAUGGAUUAAUAAACUAAAAGCCUUUUUAAAAUCAGCCAUGGCAAAUGUGGUGAAGAGAAACAAAGAUUCUUUGGCAAAGAUGUAGUUUUGCUUUUAAAUAAGGUUUUAAACAAAUCAAAAUUAAGGCAGGUGACCGCUUUUAACCACAAGGUUCUCUGCAGGUUUAAGGCUCGGACAAAGUUUACGUCUGAAACAGCAACAGGAAUCUCAGCAGAACAAAGGUAAUACAGUCGUUUCUGGAUUUUUUUUUUUUUUUUUUUGUAAGUCAGUAA